GUGUGGAUUACUGUAAGGGACAGAGGAAAGCUCAGUCUCAGUCGAGCAGGACUGUGUGAUGAUCUGCUUCAACAUGAGGACCCUUCCAGUCAGCUUUCUCCUGCUACUGUCUGUCUGGAGCGUGUGUGUAUGGGCUGACAGCGGGAAGAUUCGACAGAAGCGUGCAUGGAUCAUUGAUUCAUUUAGUAUUGAGGAAGAACACCCUGGUCCAUUUCCAUACAUACUAGGCAAGAUUACAAUUGAUAAGUAUUAUUUAUUAAAUUUCAAGCUACAAGGUCAAGGUGUGGAUAAAGAGCCAAAGAAUAUUCUCAGCAUUGAUAAAGACACAGUUGAAAUUAUAGUACAUGGAAAGUUGGACUAUGAAAAGGACCCUAAAGUUCUCUUUUUGGAUUUUGAAGCAAAAAAUAAAUCCACUAAUAUAGUGAAUACAAGGCUUGGGCUUGAGAUCAAAAUAUUGGACAUAAAUGACCAUGCACCAGAAUUUCAAAAGUCAGUCUAUGAAGUGACUGUGGACGAGUCACAUGCUCAAGGCAAAGAAGUACUGAUUGUACAGGCAACUGAUGAGGAUGAUUCAACAACAAACAAUGGAACAUUCAUUUUCACAAUAAAGUCUGUCACACCAAAAACAGAUAAUGUUGAAUUUUAUAUACAGCAGCAAAACCAAACUGGGACUAUUUAUUUUAAGGGGUGUUUGGACUCUGAGAAAGCUCAGAAAUAUACAGUCCUUGUUGAAGCAAAGGACAAAGGCGAAAAGAUACAGCUCUCAAAUACAAGUACAGUGAUAAUCAAUAUUUCUGAUAAUAACAACAAUCUGCCAGAGUUCUCGGGCAAAACAGGACCAGGGAAGGUCAAGGAGAGAGAAGCUGGGGUUGAAGUUCUGCGACUGCAAGUAACAGACAGAGAUGUCCGUGGUUCAAAAGCUUGGAAAGCCAAAUACAUAAUUUACGGAGAUAAAAAAGAGAUAUUCAAAAUAGAAACAGACCCUGUUACCAAUGAAGGGAUUUUAACAGUUGUUAAGCCAAUGGACUACGAGGAGCAAACAUAUCACAAUCUGUCCAUCAGUGUGCAGAACGAAAUUCCUUACUUUUCCUGUAAGAUUAAAAGGAAAGUACCGAAUGCAGCGUGGGAGCUUGACCAAAUACUCCCAAACUCUGACAAGAGUGUUACACACCUCUAUAAUAGCAUUCCAGUGACCAUUUAUGUUGAAGAUGUCAAUGACCCACCGGUGUUUAUACCUCCUGUUAAACAUGUUGCAGUAACGGAGAACAUCGAUGUAGGAACAAGUCUUACAACCUUCACUGCUAAAGACAUGGAUGGAAGCUAUGCAAACACAUUUACAUUUAUUAAAGGUGAAGAUAUUGAUGGAUGGAUAACUGUUGAUGCAAAGACUGGACAAGUAUCCACGGCUAAAAUUCUGGAUAGAGAGUCGCCAUUUGUAUUAGACGGCACCUAUACAGUAAAACUGUAUGCUGUGGAUGAAGGUGUUCCUCCGAUGACAGGCACUGGGACGCUAGUGAUUCACCUGAUUGAUCAAAAUGAUAACGUACCAAUACUGGAGGUGAACACAAUCAGCAUUUGCCAAGAUAAAGAGCCCACAAUGGUCAACAUCACAGCCGUAGACCUGGACUUUCCUCCAUACGGAUCACCUUUCUACUUUGAGCUUUUAGGAGAUGUAAAGGACAAAUGGAGGCUUGAACCAUCUCAUGGCACAACGGUGGGUCUUGUAAAAGAAGACAAAGUGUUUUCAGGUCAUCACAUGCUCCAGAUCAAAAUAUCAGACCAGCAGGGAUUAUACUCCACCCAGAACCUGACGGUCAAGGUGUGUGACUGCUCUUUAACUCACAACUGCCAGGGCAAGAUGGUCUUAAAUGCUCGGAUGGGCUCUGUUGCAAUCUGGCUGCUUGUUCUUUCAGUUCUCACAGCAAUGUGCUUCAUGAGUCUACUGAUCACCUGCAAGAUAGAGAAAAAAAUGAAUCCAAUGGAUGAGGAGGGCUACAGUAAUCUCAUGAAAACAAAUACAGAAAGUAAAGGGACUGACUGCUUGGUGAUUUAUAAAGCACUGCAGGCAGUUUCACAGGAUCCACCGCCAGUCUACAGCGACCAGCAAUUCAGCCAAUCGAUAUAUAAGAAACUACUUGCUCUCCAAACCCGUGAUGAUCAACAUGUUAUUUACAAACCGCACUGUUACGCAGAUGAAGGACAACCUACGGACAAUGGUGAACUGGAUGCAAUAUCCAUUCCAGAGGAUGACUUUCAACCAGAGAUGCUCAGAAAUCUGGACAGCAGGUUCAAUCGACUAGCAACAAUUUCCAGACCCGACCUGAUGAGGAAGUGAAAAUUAUCUCAGGACGUGUGGCCAGUGUAUACAUUAAAUAUAUAGCACAAAAUGCAACUAAGGGUUUAAAAAGGUUUUACAGUUCUAUGAAUGUUAAUAAAUAUGCAUUUGCAUUUCCUGAAUGCAAAAAAUCAGUAGUGUUUACAAAUCAACAAACGAAUAAUGUUAACGUUUUAGGUGAGCUCAGGUUUUUGGGCUUUUGUUCUAUGUAUUUUCAUUCUGUAAUUUUUGUUCUGUGUUCAUGUGGAAUCAUUAUAAGGUAUUUAAUGCAAAAGAAAUGUGGUGUAGUAAUUUGAUAAAACCU